CAUUUCCUCACGUGACCGCUUUCCUCCCCACUAAAUAUAGGCUUUUCUCAAUGAAAAACUGUACUCGCCUGACAGUACAUUUAUCCGUACCCGGUGGGAAUGUGAUGUUUUUGAUUUUACAGUUGUCCUGGAGAAGAAAUGUAGACUUCAGAAUGAUAGAGAAUAAACAAAUGACAUGAUAUCUUACUGUCUGCAGCUCCAGACAAGAAACCACAACUAACGUCAAAACGCGAGCACCAUUUCCGGGCUCGUGACAUCGGCUAUAGUGGAGCGGGACGUCGGUGUGAGGGGCGCGGGGAGCGGAGCGGUGUCGGUUACCAUACCCGAUCUAGUGGACGAUAGCAUGGCUUCGGGAAAGGGGUCUGGGAAGCCAGCCUCGCCGUGGGACAAUAUGCGAAUACGGUUCAUCGUUUGCUUCCUCGGAGUCUUCGUGUGUUACUUUUAUUACGGAAUAUUACAAGAGACUAUUACUCGAGGUGAUUAUGGUCAGGGAGACAAAAAGGAGAAGUUCAGAUUCGCCCGGACAUUGGUCUUGAUCCAGUGCAUUAUCAGUUCUCUGUUUGCUAAGAUCUUGAUUCAGUUUUUUGAGGGCUCCAAGCCGGAUCACACCAAGAGCUGGCUCUAUGGGCUGUGUUCCCUCUCUUAUCUUGGAGCCAUGGUGUCAAGUAACUCUGCCCUUCAGUAUGUCAACUACCCCACACAGGUGUUGGGGAAAUCCUGCAAGCCCAUACCAGUGAUGAUCCUCGGUGUGACAAUACUGAGGAAGAAAUACCCACUGGCUAAGUACCUGUGUGUGCUGCUUAUCGUGAGCGGUGUAGCUCUUUUCCUCUACAAACCUAACAAGAGCUCAGCUGUUGCAGAUGACCAUGUUUUUGGGUUUGGAGAGAUUCUAUUGCUGGUCUCUCUGACCUUGGACGGUUUGACUGGUGUGGCCCAGGACCACAUGAGGGCUCGCUUCCAGACAAGUGCCAACCACAUGAUGCUGAACAUCAACAUGUGGUCCACUCUGGUGCUGGGACUAGCGGUAUUGUGGACAGGGGAGGUGUGGGAGUUCCUGAGUUUUACUGAACGCCACCCGAGCAUCAUCUACAACAUUCUGCUGUUUGGACUGACCAGUGCUUUAGGCCAGACCUUCAUCUUUAUGACGGUAGUGUACUUUGGGCCUCUGACCUGCUCCAUCGUCACCACCACGAGGAAGUUCUUCACCAUUCUCGGCUCCGUUAUUCUGUUUGGCAAUGUCAUGAGUAUGAUGCAGUGGGUUGGCACUGUCCUGGUGUUCCUCGGUCUCGGAUUUGAUGCUAAAUUUGGCAAAGCCCCCAAGAAGACUAUUCACUGAAACAUCUGGAGCACAUGAGAGAAAGACAGAAACAUUGCAGAGCAAAUGGAAACACUCUAGAGCCAGUUUCUUAUUUUCAUAAGACAUCCUGUACAGGUAUAAUGUACAUGCCUAUGAUUUGUUUAAGUAUGGUCAGAUUUUGAGCUUAACUGUAUUUAAAAGAGAGUUCUUGUAGUUUUCAACUCCAGCUUCUGUUGUGUACUGUUGAUACAUUGAAGAGACACGUUUCACUUGGGAUCAAGUCCUGAAUGAACUGUGAUGAGCCAUUAACAUCUUUUUUUGACCACAAGAUGCCACACUUUUGAGGAGGAAUUUGGACUGGCUGAGAGACACAGGUGGAAAAUACUGUAUUUAGACAAAUCCUUGUUUCUGAAACCAGCUCACCUCCCUUGGAAGGAUAUUAAACCAAACAAGGCCUAUACUCUUCCAGAAUUUAACUCAUGAACUUAUCACCAAAUAAGGCUUGGUUUACAAAUUGUUUCUUGAAUAUGUGUAAUUAUUACAUAUGUAGUUUAUUUCUUGGCAAACAAUUAGCCAAGUAUCAUGUCAUUUAUAAGAUAUAAACGGUUGUAUGUAGCUUGUUGUUAUGUCCAAUCUUAUCAUUGAAUUGUUUUUACUUUUAUUUUCUACAAGUUGAAAGUAACUUACCAUAAAAGGGAAAUUGUGAUA